AUGGCUGAAGGUGCCUUCCUCGGCACCUGCGUUCAUUGCGCCGAGCUCCUGGCGAAUGUUCCGCUCUCGGUCCUCCUCAUUACCCUGGUAGCAACUCUCGCUGGACUGUCUGUCCUGUUCUACAUCACUCUCUACACCGUCGCCCCGGUCCCGCGGAAACCGUUCCCUGAAGAGAAGAAAUAUCGUACGCUCCUGAAGGAUGGAUCGAUCACGGAGCCGCUCGAGUUACCUUGCUGGCAAGAUGCCCUAGAUGCUCAGAGACGCCCCGGUCGGGUUCUCGACCACACCUCGAUGGAGGAAGCCGACUUGUUCAUGUCGUUGGUAGUACCCGCAUACAAUGAGGAAGAUCGCCUGGGAGGCAUGCUGGAAGAGGCAGUAGAUUACCUGGAAAAGGUCUAUGGCACGGUAACCAACUCGGCCAAUGGUGCUGAGUCCCCUACGGCGGAAAAAGCAAUGCGUCAACGGAAACAGGCUAAUGGACACACAAAUGGGUCUGCGGCUCAUCGUCCGGUACAUGACAACAAGGGCUGGGAAAUCAUCAUUGUCUCUGAUGGCUCCAAGGAUAAAACAGAAGAAAUAGCGUUCACGUUCGCCCGAGAUCAUCAACUCUCAAUGCACCCCAAGGGCUACGCCGGCCCUUGGACUCCGGGGACGCAUGAGGGUGUCCGCAUUCCCCCGGGCACUAUUCGGGUGGUGUGCCUGACAGAGAACAGGGGCAAAGGUGGAGCCGUCACCCACGGCAUGCGGCAUGUUCGCGGCCAGUACGUUGUAUUUGCGGAUGCCGACGGGGCCAGCAAAUUCGAGGAUCUAGGAAAGCUUGUCGCGGCCUGCCAGGAGACCGAAGACGUGAAAGGACGCGGAGUGGCCGUUGGAUCUCGGGCGCAUAUGGUUGGAAGUGAAGCUGUAGUCAAGCGCUCGAAACUACGCAACUUCCUCAUGCAUUCGUUUCAUUUGAUUCUGUGGUUGUUGACACCGUCCAAGACGGCCACUAUCAAGGAUACGCAAUGUGGAUUUAAACUGUUUUCCCGGGCGUCGCUGCCAUACAUUGUACCGUACAUGCACUCCGAGGGGUGGAUCUUCGACGUGGAGAUGCUUAUGCUCGCCGAAUUUGCCGACAUCCCCGUGGCCGAGGUGCCCGUUGGAUGGAGAGAGGUCAAGGGCAGCAAGCUGAAUGUACUCCGCGAUAGCAUCGGCAUGGCUUGGGGACUGGCUGUCCUACGAGCUGCAUGGUUACUUGGUGUUUAUCGGCGUACUUGA